CUACUAAUUCCUCUGAUAAGUUCCGCACUGACCAGGUCCGCAUACGCACGAGCUGGGUUCCUCCUCCGCGGCCUCGUUCACUCAUCGAUGGCAGCUGCCUGCCACUUGACUCACUCUACCGUAUAUUAAUCUUAAUCUAUCUUGCAGCUGGUCCAGCGUUUAUCCCUGACCAUGAUGAGGGGAAACCACACACACACACACACCGCGACCACACAACUACUAGUACGUACACCUCUCUAUCUAUUCAUGGCCGUCGAAGUUUGAUCCUCAGGGGUCCUCCCUACAAACCAACGCGGUACAAAGAGGGGUCAAGCCGUGGAUCGUCCCCUCGCGCCUGAAACUACUGCAACCUACAAUGAACAAGGAGGACCGACGGACACAACGACCACUUGCAGCCAUUAAGCCAGUGCAAGGUGCAUACACACACACACACACACACUACUGACCACCCCAAUCCUGGUUGGUGAGUGAUAGCGUUCAUGGCCCAACAUGACAGUCGAGGAUUACGUGAGAAAAUCAUUUCCGUUGAAACCGACUACGGGGGGCUGUCCUCCGCGGAUGGAUCGAUAUUAUUGCUAGAAAAGGUCGGUCCAGGUGCCGGUGGUCAGAGGGGCUGUUUGACUCGCGGCUACCACGGAGUAACCACAACGCCAUGGAGCAAAGCGUGAAUAGAACUGACCCGCCGAGAGGAAUGAUUGGCAACUUGGCGCCGGUGGGAUGGGACCGUGGUUGCUUUUCCAACUAAGAAUAAGACGCUCCUGAGCAAUCAGCGUGUGUGGUCCUGCGGCCCAGCACAGUAGUCCUGAUUCUUAUUCUAAAAGCCUGUCCAUGGCUGGUUGGGAAGUGGACGUGGGUUUGCAUUUCCCGUUCAGGAUUCGCAUAUAAAAAUUCAUAGUGUG